AUCUCCAAACAUGAGUAAAUUUGGCAAUAGAAUAGAACGUAGUAAAGAAAGAUCCAUUCAACCAGCAACGAUGUUGGGAAAUAAAUUCAGGCACAUUGUUCUGGGACAUCAGUUUUUGCUUUAG